UUUAAACUGAAUAGGCGGCUGAGGCCUAAGUUGCCGCUUCUCAACGGCAGGAUUUUAGAGCUGGGCUUAGCCUGUGAGGGCUCACAUAGAGAGUGUGAAUUGGGGGCACACUGUCCUUUGCCCUACCCGCUCCGCGGGGAGGAGCCGCCCCAGCAGGAUCGAAGGUCGCCGAGGUGGACGGCUGGGUCAGAGGGAAUGUCCGUCCCGGGGUGAAGUCUCAAGGGUCGUCCCGCGUCUGACCGAGCCGAGGUCUGCUUAUCCCGCGCGAUUGCGUCUCUGCUGAACUUGCUUGUUGUGGAACGAAAGGGAAUUUGGGAGCGCCAGGGGUGUCUCCGGGCUCUCUCUUAGCUGUCACUUUGGCGACGUUUUUACUUCAAGGAGUUCAGUCUCGACAGAGUUUUGAAUCCAGACCUGAAGAAUGAUUCGCGAAGCAGGAAUGGGUGACAGUGUCAUCACGGCAUUUUAUUGACAAUGGAUCCUUGUGAUGCAUCAGAAUUGACUCCUAGACAAAGUGCAUCUUCAAGUCCUAAAGAUGACUUUAUAGGUGCCACCCCACUGCAGAAACGAUUAGAAUCAGUCAGGAAGCAGACUUCAUUUGUCCCAACUCCACCUCGAAGGAAAAUUCCGCAGUGUUCACAAUUGCAGGAAGAUAUCGAUACUCAAAAGGUUGCAUUCCUUCUGCAUAAGCAAUGGACUUUAUAUAGUUUAACUCCCUUGUAUAGAUUCUCCUAUACCAAUCUCAAAGAGUAUUCUAGACUUCUGAGUGCAUUUAUUACUGCAGAAAAGCAAAAAGGAUUUGCUGUGGAAGUGGGAGAAGACUUCAACAUCAAAGUGAUUUUCUCUACCCUCCUAGGAAUGAAAGGAACACAAAGGGACCCUGAAGCAUUUCUUGUCCAGAUUCUUUCAAAAUCUCAAUUGCCAUCUGAGAACACAGAAGGUAAAGUGUUAUGGACUGGUUGGUUCUGCUGUGUAUUUGGAGACAGUCUUCUCGAGACUGCUACAGAAGAUUUCACCUGUCUUCCCUUGUUCCUUGCAAAUGGAGCAGAGUCUAAUACAGCCAUAAUUGGAACCUGGUUUCAGAAAACUUUUGACUGCUAUUUCAGUCCGUUAGCAAUCAAUGCGUUUAAUCUCACCUGGAUGGCUGCUAUGUGGACUGCAUGCAAAAUGGACCGUUAUAUGGCUACUACUGAAUUUCUUUGGUCUGUACCCUGUAGUCCUCAAAGUCUGGAUAUUUCCUAUGCCAUACAUCCAGAGGAUGCAAAAGCUUUGUGGGACAGUGUCCACAAAACACCUGGGGAGGUUACCCAGGAGGAAGUUGACUUAUUCAUGGACUGCCUUUAUUCACAUUUCCAUAGACAUUUCAAAAUUCAUUUAUCAGCCACAAGAUUAAUUCGUGUUUCAACAUCUGUAGCUUCAGCACAUACUGAUGGAAAAAUAAAGAUUCUUUGUCAUAAAUACCUUAUUGGAGUGUUGGCAUAUUUGACAGAACUGGCAAUUUUUCAAAUUGAGUGAGGCCUUGUGUGGACUAUUGAGUUAUGGAUUAUAUACCUUUUUCUCAUUGAUUGCUUGCUAUGCUGAGAGAGACUGCAGGAAAAAUAGGCAUCUAUCUCUAUGUGUUUUCCUCAAAGUGCCUUUGGGUGGCCCAGAUGGAAGCCAGGAAGGAUCCAGAAGAACAAAGAAGGUGGUAAUGGAUAAGCUAUUGCCAGGUGUCGAGAUGAUCUAGAAUGCUAGCCUCUUGAAAUGUUGAGUUCUUAAU